GAGAGCGCUGUCGGUUAAGGCAGGCGCAGUGUGAUUCUGCUCAACUGCAUCAAACUUAGUAGUUGACGCGCCGCUCCUGAUAAACACGCUGAUCAGCGGAGCUCCGGACCCGGGAGGAGGAGUAGCACCAGCGGCCCCUGCACUGACCGGAGCACCGGCUUUCCGCCCGGGAGGCGCAAUCUGACUCUCAGGGUCGACCCCCCCACUUUUCUGAGGUGUGUGUCCCCCACUAAGCGCCCCACCACGGCCCUCACCUGUGUGUUGCGGUGCUUCCCCUGCGAGCCGUCCUGGGCCGGCAGCCCGUUCCUGCACCGCCCCCACACGCCGCCCAUGGUCACAAUGACGCGCUCAAAGACCUUCCAGGCCUACCUGCCCACAUGCCACCGCACCUACAGCUGCAUUCACUGCCGUGCACACCUGGCCAACCAUGACGAGCUCAUCUCCAAGUCCUUUCAAGGAAGUCAAGGAAGAGCCUAUCUCUUCAACUCUGUGGUGAAUGUGGGUUGUGGUCCAGCAGAGGAGCGAGUGCUACUCACCGGCCUACAUGCAGUAGCAGACAUCUACUGUGAGAACUGCAAAACCACACUGGGAUGGAAAUAUGAGCAUGCCUUCGAGAGCAGCCAGAAGUACAAGGAGGGGAAGUUCAUCAUCGAACUGGCUCAUAUGAUAAAGGAUAACGGCUGGGAAUGAACGGAGUUCACCGAGAGGGCGUGGCCUCUGAGAGGCGAGAGCAGAGUUUGGAUGAAACCCACUAAGUAUGUGCUUGCGUGGGUGAAUAGUGAAUGAUUGAAGCUGGUUUGAUGUUGCCUUUCUUCCAAAGUUCUACCUAACAUCCCCCACACACACACACACACACACAUAACCCCACAAAACAACACGCAUCACACACUCCUGGUCGCUGGGGCAUGAUGGAGUAUGUUUAUAUGUGUGGGUGUGUGUGUGUGGGUGUGUGUGUGGAUGUGUGUGUGUGUGUGUGUGUGUAUGGAUUAGGUUGAAAAGAUGGACAAACAUGCACCUGGUAAACAGGUGUACAGACAUGUACAGUAAAAUCUACUCAUAGAAAACAUAGAAAAAACACCUUAACAGACACUUGCAUGUCUCUCCCAUCCCAUCCCAGCCUGAGUGCAUCAGACAGCCCCGUGUACGCAUGUGUAAGGGUGGGUAUCAAAAAUCGAUUCUAAAAAGGUACCGACCGAAAUGGCUAACAAAAAACUGUUUUUAUUUAUUUAUUUAUUUAUUUUAUUUUUUUAUACAGCGAGGUAAACAUUUUGAAGUGCUCUAAAGUCUGGCUCUACUUCUAAACAUUCAUCCACACUUUAUUUUAUUCAAAUUGUCGACACACUCUUGCUGUGUGAAGUCUUUUAAGUGCUCUCUCGCUCACUCACUCACUCUGUCCCUAUUCGUCUCUCUCUUGCUCUUUCUAUCUCUCUAACUUCUCUCAAACUCUCUCUGUCUCUCUCUCGCUCACUCACCCACUCACUCUCACUCUCUCCCUUUCUCUUGCUCUGUCUAUCUUUCGCUCUGUCUCUCUCUCACUCUCUCUCUCUAUCCUGAGAUGGUGCAAUAUAGUAAAAUAGACUCUGACGGAUCUAAACCACACGACAUUUAUAUUAAUGUCCCCUCACAAUAAUGCAGAAAUACCGGCAUUUAACAAAAAAGGUAUCAUGAUUAUAAGUCAUUUUUAAAUGUAUUAAUUAUAUUAAAUAUAAUUUAUCAUUAUAUAUCAUGUUCAAUCUAAUGCUCAAUCUAAUGAUUCUUUUGUUUUACAUUUAAAUGCCCAUCAGUAAACGAUUAAGAAAUAUGUGAAACGUUUGAUAUUUGCACUCAAGUAAAAAAAAAUGCCUUAAAUAUACAGUUUCCAUUAAACUAUUCAGCAACCAAUUAUUAACCUUUAAGAAGUGAGCGUUUUAUGUUCAUUUUUCUUAAAAGUAAUACGAACUCUUGAAAUCUGAACUGCAUCCAGCAGUAUGUUUAGGAAAAUAUAUAUAGUUUAAACAGUAUAAGUAAAGCUGCUGUUUUUGCUUUUAUUAAAGCGACACAAACAAGAAAAAUGAUCAAUGUUUUGUUUAAUUCCAACAAGAUCUAAAUAAAAAGAGAAUAAGAUUACUCAUCAUGUCGGCUGUGAAAUAAAUACAUUGUGUAAGAAUAAUUAUCUUAUCAUAUAAUAAUAAUGAUAAUAAUUUGGUUACAAUUAAGAUCGGUAUCAAAUUUAAAGUAUAGUAUUGAUAUUGAACGUAUUAGACCGAUACCCAGCCCUACGCAUAUGUGUGUGUGUGUGUGUGUGUAUGUCCGGGUGGCGCACUGCACUUGGCAGGACCAUGGCUGUGGGGUCACAGAGUUGAAGGGUAUUUCUCCACACUGAGUGAAUGAAGAGAAAGCUAAGGCGAUUAGCCCAAAUCCAGCCGAGUGCGGCUACUGCCAGCUCGGCCAAUGAGGAAGGGUCUCUGAAUGGGCCUCUGAUGAACCGACCAAUGAAGGAGGCCCAUAUGAGGGGCUAAACCAGUCCAAGAUGGCAGAGAGACGCCUCGCCACUGUCCCGACGCCGACAUCGCUCCUCCAUCGUGAAUGAAAAGCGCUCCCUUGCCCUUACGUACUUUAGCGAAUGUUAGCCUGUGUAUGUAGCCGGUUACCUGGUGUUGUACCUGGACCUGCCCUAUAGUCUGUGUUCAGUGUUCGCCAUUUGUGCUGCUCCUGCUCUCACUGUGUAAUCAACCAUACCGUCUUUAUAGAGAUGACCUUAAACGAGUACUCCAAUAUUUUUAACCUCUGUCUGCUUCAUCUGUAGUGUACGGUUCAUUACCACACUAGCAGGGGUGUGAUAAGAUCUCGUGCCACGAAAUCCUGCGAGAUUUUUCUCGUCAAGGUGUUAAAUGUGUCUCGUAUGAUUAUGCACAGGUAAAACAGCAGCCCAAAUUAAUUACUCGAUUAUUUUAGUCAGCAAUAUAAUAAUGUUUUUUUUUUUGUUUUUUGUUUUUAUUUUUAAUAACUUUUUUUUUUUUUUUUUGUCAAUUACCCAACCCGCUCAUUAGGACUCCCCCUAUCACUAGUAAUUCCCACACCAGGAGGGUGAAGACUAACACAUGUGCACCUCCAAUACAUGUGAAGUCAGCCACCGCUUCUUUUCGAGCUGCUGCUGAUGCUGCAUUGCCGAGCAGCCAGUGCGCUCGAAGGAAAGCGCAGCGACUCGGCUCCGGUACAUCAGCUCACAGACACCCUGUGCUGUGGACAUCAACCUAGGAGUGAUUUGGGGAGAGAGCACCAUCUACCCACCCAGAGGGAGCAGGGCCAAUUGUGCUCCCUCUGAGCGCCGGCAGCUUGAUGGCAAAGCUGCAUGAGAGGGGGGUUUGAACCUGCGACCUCCCGCUCAUAGUGGCAGGGCUUUAGACCGCUGGACCACUCGGCGCCCCAAUAUGAUAAUGUUUGAUACCUCAAAAUAAGUCAUGAUACGGUUCGAUACGAUCCAGUUUGAUACGAUUCAGUUCGAUACUGGAUUUGCACUGGAUCUGUAUAUACGAGCAGCUUUAGAGUUACUAGAGUUUAAUCUCCACAGUAAAGAAAGUCUUUCAGUGUUUUUCUCUGAAAGAAUUUUCUUUAGUAAAAUCAGCUGAUCAACAUGUUCAGGAGACAGAGCCCUGCUCUCAGAACCUACAGCUCCACCUGCUGGCGCUCAGAGUCAACACAAGCAUGUGCUUGGCAAACAGCAGCAGCAUAGCACAGAGAGAAAUUAUGCUAAUAAUGUUUAAACAUAUUUGUGUCACAUUUAAAGCAUUAGAUCGUUUGAGCCUUGCGUUUCCGCUCACACCUUCCGCAUUCACAUUUAAACCACGAGCAAUGCUAAAGCACGGACACAUGCAGAGGCAGUGUGUAGAGAUUCAGUCAUAGGUUGCCAAGUCUGGAUAGAACCCUCAAGACGGAUUGCCAGUUGAAUACAGAACCCUCACUGGGGGGAUUGUGAAGAUUGUGAAGUUCUGAAGGUCUGAUAAUCAUACAGGAAAGAAGUUAUUGGGUUUGCAGAACAGUUCUUACAUACUGUUCUGUAUUUUACUGCAUAUGAUAAAUCGCACAAUUCAAAAUCAGAGUAAACGUCAACUGACAUCUAUUAUAAGUUGAUUAUGAUUAUUAAAAAAUAUUUUAUAUAUAUAUAUAUAUAUAUAUAUACAUAUAUAUAUAUAUAUAUAUAUAUAUAUAUGUAUAUAUAUAUAUAUAUAUAUAUAUAUAUAUAUAUAUAUAUAUGUAUAUAUAUAUAUAUAUAUAUAUAUAUAUAUAUACAUAUACAACAUUGUGGUGAGUGUCUUGUCACACCCCUAACAAACAAUUAUUAUUUUUUUAUUAUUUGUUUUUUAUAUUUUUAGGUACUUUCUCAUUAUUAUAUUUCUCAUUAUAAUAUUUUGCGAUUUCUUCUAACAAGAAGACCUCUUGUUAUUUUAAGUCACUUUCUUGAUAUUUUGAGAUACUUGAUAGAUAUUUUGAGAUUUCUCAUUAUUUUAAGAACCUUUCUUGAUAUUUUGAGAUCUUUUUGUCUCUGUUUUGAAAUGUCUUAUUAUUUUGAGAUCUUUUCUUGAUAUUUUAAGAAACUGUAUCAUUAUUUUAAGUAACUUACUUGAUAUUUUAAGAGAUCUUUUUCUGUAUUUUGACAUUCUUGUUCCAUAGUUUGGACUUUUUAAGAUCUUUUCUAUAUAUUUUGUGACAGAAAUUUUAAAAACUUUACCAUUAUUAUGGAAAGAUUUCUUAUUAUUUUGAGACAAUUUCUCAUUUAGAGAUCAUUAUUUUGAGAUGUUAUUUUAUUAGUUUGAGAAACUUUUUUGUUAAUUUGAGAUCCUCUCUUAUUAUUUGAGGUUUGUUCUCGUUAUUUUGAGAAACAUUUAGUUUUACGUUUUUGUCAGUAAUGUAACUGUAUGAUACAGAUACAGCAGACAUGAGUGUAAUAAAACCCAGAGUAUUCUUUUAACUCUUAACUCUUGAGGAGAGGGGAGUUUGUCCUGGUUUUGAUGUUUUAAGGACGAUAACGAGGUUUUAGUUAGAGCUUUUAGUAUGGAAUGAUUUUCAGUAAAGGAAUACUGCCUCCUUAUAAAAAUGUAUUAUUACUGUAUUCUAUAAAACUGGAAUACAAUCUUCUUCUAAAGAAGAAGUCUAAUUUUACCAGCCCUAAUCCCCAGACAAGAGGUCACCAACCCAACCAAAGAACCCAUCCAACCCAACCCAUACGAUUAAUUAACCAAACAGAGGAGGGUCGGAGAGUGAUGACACGAGGAGUGAGAAGCAGCCGAAAGCCGAGCUCCACAGCUUUUCUCUCUUCGUCAAAUGUAUAUGUUUUUUUUGUAAAUGACAGAUAUUAAUAUAUAUAAAUAUAUACAUUUAUAUUAAUGAAAGGCAUCACUGUUUAUGUUGAUCUGUGUGUUUGAGACUGUAAAUAGUCAUGUGUAAUGUUUGUUAUUUAUGACUCUGAACAUUGUUUUAGCAUUUUACCGUGCUUUCUGUCUAAAGGCCUAACCGGGCCUCCAAUAUUUGCUACUUUUUUACUCUGGGAAAAUGUUCAGAUUUUAGUGUCUUUUAUAAAAAGGUGAGAUGGUGACGACUACUGGAGCUUCAUCUAAAUGAAAAUAAAAAUCUAAAAUUGA